AUCCAAUCCAAUCCACUACCCACAAAAGCCACUCGCUUCUAUCACCACUUUUACCCCUUUCACCAACCAACUCCAACAUCCCAAUCACAAUGUCUGCUAUUGAGACUUCUCGCCUCGACGGAAAGGUCGCCCUUGUCACCGGCUCUGGCCGUGGUAUUGGCAAGUCUAUGGCCAUUGAACUCGGCAAGCGCGGUGCAAAGGUUGUUGUCAAUUACGCCAACUCUGCCGAUGCCGCCAACCAGGUUGUCGAGGAGAUCAAGAAGAACGGCUCCGACGCCAUCGCCAUCAAGGCCAACGUCGGUGAGGUCUCGCAGACCAUCAAGCUCUUCGACCAGGCUGUUGAGCACUUCGGUCAGCUCGACAUUGUCUGCUCCAACUCUGGUGUCGUUUCCUUCGGUCAUCUCAAGGAUGUCACCGAGGAGGAGUUCGACCGCGUCUUCAAGAUCAACACCCGUGGCCAGUUCUUCGUCGCCCGUGAGGCCUACAAGCAUCUCUCCGUCGGCGGCCGCAUCAUCCUGAUGGGCUCCAUCACCGGUCAGGCCAAGGGUGUCCCCAAGCACACCGUCUACUCCGGCUCCAAGGGUGCCAUCGAGACCUUUGUCCGCUGCAUGGCCAUCGAUUGUGGUGACAAGCGCAUCACUGUCAACGCUGUCGCUCCCGGUGGUAUCAAGACCGACAUGUACCACGCCGUCUGCCGCGAGUACAUUCCCGAUGGUGAGAACCUCUCCGACGACCAGGUCGACGAGUACGCCAAGACCUGGUCUCCCAUGCAGCGUGUUGGUCAGCCCGUCGACAUUGCCCGCGUCGUUUGCUUCCUCGCUUCCCAGGAUGGCGAGUGGGUCAACGGCAAGGUCAUUGGCAUUGACGGUGCCGCCUGCAUGUAAAGAGUUUCUUCCGACUCUUUUCCUCCCACAACCAACACAUUUCUAUGAGCACAGGAUACAGUGCCUGGAGCACUUGGAAGUGAUAUAAACCAGUUUUCUUCUAUUCUCAAUAUAUCAUGAGCGGAUGGCGUUUUCAGUCUAUAAUACGAUGAUGAGAGAGUUCACGGGAUGGACAGACAAAGCUAUACUAUCUUAGACAGCACCCUAAAAAAAAUGGAGAUCUCGGCAUUCUUAAAAUCAUUUCGGUCGUUUCCUUCUGAUCGUGUC